GAAAUGCUUUUACUUUUGUUAACUGUAACAUACUCGAAAGCUACGUUAGCCAUGAAAGAGCCAAACUUACUACAGGAAUAUUUUAUUCUGCCGGAUCCACGAAGUAUUCCAUUAACUACUGUCCACCUCUUUUUGAAUAUGAUCGGAACUGAUGUUUUGCGUGAGUGA